AUGCACGCACUGAUUCGGACGGAGCGGGACCCGGAGCUCCGGGUGAAGAUCGUGGAGAGCACCCGGGACUUUGCGGAUGACCCCGUGGGCUUCAGAGAGAAGUAUGUGGAUGACAAUCAGGAGUUCGCAACGCAGAUUCUGGAGGCACAGAAACGGCUCAAGGAGGUGAAGACCGACGGGGAGAUCGCGCGGAAGAUCUCCCAGGUCUGCAGCGAGCUGAACAUCGAUGGGCUCCGAGGAGAUAUCGUCACGAACCGUGCGGCGCGGGCCUAUUGCUCCUUCGACGGACGCACGGAGGUGACCGAGGAGGACGUCGGAAAGGCGGGCGGGUCGCUUUCCACUUGGAGGACUUAG